UCUCAGUGCUGUAUGUCUCUUUGGAUUAAACAGAAUAAUAGGUGUCCGCUGUGUCAGCAGCAAUGGUCCGUGCAGAAACUGGGGAAAUAAAGCCAGUGCAUUUAUUACUUUUACUCAAACAAAAAUAUACUUUCAGAUUUUACAAUGGAAGAAAUCGGAAUCGACGUUAAAGAGGAGACCCAAGUAAAGGACUCGGCUAGCAAGGUUGAGCCGGUCACCACCUACGACGGAUUAGACAACGAAGAUCUGUAUGUCAAGUACAAGAAGCUCCAGCAGCAGUUAGAGUUCCUCCAGGUUCAAGAGGAAUAUAUCAAGGAUGAACAGAGAAAUCUGAAGAAGGAAUAUCUCCAUGCCCAGGAGGAGGUGAAGAGGAUCCAAUCCGUUCCUCUAGUUAUUGGUCAGUUCCUGGAGGCAGUAGAUCAGAAUACUGGUAUCGUUGGGUCUACCACCGGCAGCAACUACUAUGUUAGGAUUUUAUCUACUCUGGACCGUGAAUUACUGAAACCCUCAGCUAGUGUAGCUCUUCACAAACAUAGUAAUGCUUUGGUUGAUGUCCUUCCCCCAGAAGCUGAUUCAUCCAUUUCCAUGCUAGGAGCCGACGAGAAACCUGAUGUUGCGUACUCAGAUAUUGGAGGAAUGGAUAUGCAGAAGCAAGAAAUGCGUGAAGCAGUGGAGCUUCCUCUCUCUCAUUUUGAUCUUUACAAACAGAUUGGUAUUGACCCUCCCCGUGGUGUACUGAUGUACGGCCCCCCUGGUUGUGGAAAAACUAUGUUGGCAAAGGCAGUGGCUCAUCACACCACAGCUUCAUUUAUCAGGGUUGUUGGAUCUGAGUUCGUGCAGAAGUAUCUAGGAGAAGGACCGAGGAUGGUUAGGGAUGUGUUUAGGCUGGCCAAGGAGAACUCUCCAGCAAUUAUAUUCAUUGACGAGAUAGACGCCAUUGCUACCAAGAGGUUUGAUGCUCAAACUGGAGCUGAUAGAGAGGUUCAGAGAAUCCUUCUAGAACUCUUGAAUCAGAUGGACGGGUUCGAUCAAACAACAAACGUCAAGGUUAUAAUGGCCACAAACAGGCAGGAUACUUUGGACCCUGCUCUACUUAGGCCUGGCAGAUUGGACCGAAAGAUUGAAUUCCCUCUUCCUGACCGCAGACAGAAACGUCUCAUAUUCUCAACUAUCACAGGGAAAAUGAAUCUAUCUGACGAAGUUGACCUAGAAGACUACGUGGCGAGACCUGACAGAAUUUCAGGAGCGGACAUCAACGCUAUUUGCCAGGAGGCCGGUAUGCAUGCUGUCCGAGAGAACAGAUACAUCGUCCUACCCAAGGACUUUGAAAAGGGUUACAAGAACAACAUCAAGAAGGAGGACGCGGAACAUGAAUUUUAUAAAUAAGGACCCAAAUAUCUCCCUGACGUGCCCCCUUUUCGUUUUCUGUACCUAAAUCAUUAUGUUAAUAUAUAUCUUUGUCCAAUUUAAGGAAAUGUUUCCCUAG